AUGCCAGACAGGGACUCGGGUCGCAGCCCGAGCGACGCUUCAGGCAGAAACGUCGGCGCAGUUGACGACCACUCAGGUCCCGGUGGAGUCCAUGCGUGGCUAUUUAAGCUGAAACAAGGAGGUGUUCUUGCACCCGGUGACCAGAUUACGGCGAACUAUAAGCGUGACGUUUUCAUUGCUGAGGUAGAUUCUGCAGGUUUUCUCGUUGUUCUCGGUGCGCGGGAGGCUUCUACGGGUACAGAUAAUAGCACCGAAUACCAAGAUCUGAUAGGCGUCCGCUUUGGAUCUCCAGACAGUUUUAUGGAAGCCAUGACGAAUAUCUACCUGUCGCGUCGAAGAGGAAGACGUGGUCGCGAAGGGUUAGACGGUUGGGAAAGCUGCGUUGCACAGCGCCAGCAGAAGUCUCUGGGAGAACUCUAUCGCGAGCUCGAACAACUAGUCAACGCGAGUUCAGAUCAGAGUCUUGAAGGAGGAAGAGGCAAACUUGAGGGUUCUUCUGUGAAACGUAUGACGCCUGGGUCCCGGGGAAGCUCCCGAAAACGGAUACAAAGAAAAUCGAAUGAGCCCUCGACUAGUUCGGAUGAGGCCAGCGCUGUUCACCAAUCCCUGUCCUUCGCCAAGCGAAAAAGCCAGGUGUCACGAGCUUCCGAGGAAUCCCCUUCCCAAAGCGAAAGCAGCCAGGAGCAGCAAACGAACGAGUUGCGACUAGAGCGGCGUUCUACACGCGCUGGUUCUCAUGAUGAUGCUACCGUCAGCACCUCUUCUGGGCCAAGACAUGAUGGAAAAUCGAGUGAACUGCACAUCGAAGCGCAUCCUCGCAAAUACCAAGCUCAGCAGGGAGGCGUAGAAAAGAAGUUCCCCGAAAAAUUGCCCCGUCGCUCUUCGGGAGUGGCCGCGCAUCGAAAGGAUACGGCUGAGCCUCAUCCAAGGGGUUCCAGCGAUUCAAGUCCUGAAGAAUUGACUGAAUCUGAACGUACUCAGAAAGCGAUUCGUGACCAGCACAAAGUUCAUCCCGCUGAAGCAAACAACAGCAGCUUUUCAACAGCUCAGUGGGAAUCACUGAAUUUGGAACAAAUAGCCCGAAGAAUGUUGGAAAUGUUAACUUUGAAGCCCAAAGCUUUAUUUGAUGACGCGGAUCCCGAAUCGCUCAUGCGGCUGCAAGAGCUUUCAGAGCACGUGAAGGCUAAGUUACAAAGUCUUUCGGCACAUGCUCGAGCUGAAGAGCCCAUUCUAGCGUCGUUCGCUGCGGGAUACUUAAAGGGGAUUGGCGAGGGCAGAAGCGCCAUUGCACAUGUUGCGACGAAAGCAGUUACAUCUGGUUCUUUUGAGGCUGAUGGGGAAUCGGAGAAUUUGAGCCGGAUUAAGGGUCCUCAGGGCACUGCACUGGCUCCCUCUGCGAGGUCUACCGAAGCUGACACUACGAUCGAAUCCGACGACACAGAGCGUCCCACUGAGGCUCGAACUUCCGAGUCAGAGAAAGGUUCAAAGCGUCGAAAGGUGGAGUGGGAUGGGCUACGUACUAAGCUUGAGGCAGAAAUGAUGGCUAGGCAGGAGCUAGAACUCGAGCGACGAAAUCUUCUCGUGAGUCUGUCGGAUUCUCAAAAGUUUCUCGUCCGCGAAGCCAAAAGGCGCCGAUUGCUUGAGUCGGAGCUCUCAGCAGAGCGCAUGCAGAGUAGCGAACUGCGGGGUAGAAUCGAUCGAAUCCAUCUUCGAUUAAGCCAUCUACUCGGCAUCGACAAUGAAAAUUUCUUGCGCAUCGAUGGAGACGAACGCGUUGAUCAUAGCGUUCAGAGUGCAGAAAAUGCGGAGAAACUCAGCGAAAAUCAUCCGCAAACUGUGGAUGAGGAAGAGCAGAUCGUCAGUGAAAGAGGUUCCCAAUUCACAACUCCCGGUGAAUUCUCCAGGAGGGCUGAAGACCAGCCUUCACAUCCGACCGGAAGCCAGUUUUCAUUAUCUGAGAACCAAGUUUUGAAGGCGCGUCUGCGAAGAAUUGAACGCGAACUCAGAGAAUGGAAAGCCAUGCUCGUAUCCGAGCGGUGCGUGCGUGCGAUCUUGGUCGAUGCAAAGUCGCGACUGGAAUCUGAUAUUGGCGACUUACGCAUCAUAUCGGAAAAGGUUCAGGAACGAAAGCGACCGCACAAAGAGUCGUCUCAGAAAAAGUCGAAAAAGAAGGCGAGUUCGAAAGGACAUGCGCAAACUCUGGCUCCAUCGCAGCAUAUGGGACAAUCUCUGUCAAUGUUGCCAAACGUUCCUGUAAUCUACGGGAACGAGAUAUCCGCCUAUGAUCGAAUGGCCGGAUUUGUUCCGCCUUCGAUGCCGGAGACUGUCCCAGGAUUUAGCGCCUACUCACCAGUCUAUUACUAUCCAUCUUUGCCGCAAAGAAACGGUCUUCCUGGAGAAAUGCCAUUAAUUAUGUCAGCGCAGAACAUGUGGCCUCCGCAGGAAGUGGUUCAACAUCAGUACGGAAUUGCUCAACCUUUCGUGCACCUGGACGCGGCCCAGCUACCUGGACAUGGCGUGGAGGCGAAUUUCCCGUCUGGUGUUGAGCAGGAGACACGCUAUGGAUAUAUGACGGAGAAUUACCCGAACUUUGACGGUACGUUUAGAGGGGGGGUACCCGGUACGAUACCAUCUAUGGUCAACCAAGUGUUCGCCCGUGAUCCGCCGCCCUUCGAUUACAGGAAUGCGCAGGGCUCACGAUGA